UUUUUAAGUUUACCCUGAACCUACAACCAGUCAUCCAAGAGUUCAUGAAUAGUUUAACAAAGAAAGGGCAGAGCUAUUGAGUAAUCCAGGCUCAUUAAUUGUGUACUUGCCAGGAGGAUCUGUCUUUAAAUCAUUAAUGCAGGCAACAUUUCUCUCUACAGCCAUCAAUGUGAUUCGACUGCUUGAAAAAUGUAAUAAUGAUGGAUUUUCUUAUCAUUUUUCUUUUACUUUUUAUUGGAACUUCAGAGACACAGGUUGAUUUUUCCAGUGAUGUUCCUGAUAGUAGGUAUGAUAUAACUAGCUCUUCAAUUUCUGCUAACACAGAAAAUAGUUUACCUGUUAGAACAGUGACAACAAAUGUAACAAAACCAGGGCCACCAGUCUUCUUAGCAGGGGAAAGAGUUGGAUCUGCUGGGAUUCUUCUUUCAUGGAAUACUCCACCUAAUCCAAAUGGAAGGAUUGUAUCCUACAUUGUUAAGUAUAAAGAAGUAUGUCCUUGGAUGCAAACCAUGUAUACUCAAGUUAGAGCAAAGCCAGAUAGUCUAGAAGUUCUUCUUACUAAUCUUAACCCUGGAACAACAUAUGAAAUUAAGGUUGCUGCUGAAAACAGUGCUGGCAUUGGAGUAUUUAGUGACCCAUUUCUUUUCCAAACUGCAGAAAGUGCUCCAGGGAAAGUGGUCAAUCUUACAGUUGAGGCCUUCAACUAUUCAGCAGUAAACUUGAUUUGGUAUUUACCUCGGCAACCAAAUGGCAAAAUUACUAGCUUCAAGAUUAGUGUCAAACAUGCCAGGAGUGGGAUAGUUGUGAAAGAUGUCUCAAUCAGAGUAGAGGACCUUUUGAAUGGGAAAUUACCAGAAUGUAAUGAAAACAGUGAGUCUUUCCUGUGGAGCACCACCAGUCCUUCUCCGACCAUUGGCAGAGUUACACAGGCACUGCGUACCACGUUCUCUUCUAGCAUAUUGACGCGGAGUAAGAUCAGCUCGGUGUGGAAAGAGCCCAUCAGCUUCGUAGUGACACAUUUGAGGCCUUACACAACGUAUCUUUUUGAAGUUUCGGCUGUUACAACUGAAGCAGGUUAUAUUGAUAGUACCAUUGUCAGAACCCCAGAAUCAGUGCCUGAAGGACCACCACAAAAUUGUAUAACAGGCAAUGUCACUGGGAAAUCCUUUUCAAUUUCAUGGGACCCACCAAGUAUAGUAACAGGAAAGUUUAGUUAUAGAGUUGAAUUAUAUGGGCCAUCAGGUUGGAUUUUGGAUAAUAGCACAAAAGACCUUAAGUUUGUGUUCACUAACCUAACACCAUUUACAAUGUAUGAUGUCUACAUUGCGGCUGAAACCAGUGCAGGAGUCGGACCCAAGUCAAAUCUUUCAAUAUUCACCCCUCCAGAUGCUCCAGGUGCAGUAUUUGAUUUACAAUUAGCAGAGGUGGAAGCCACAGAAAUAACAAUUACUUGGAAGAAACCUCGGCAGCCAAAUGGAAUCAUUAACCAAUACCGAGUGCAAGUGUUGGUUCUAGAGACAGGAGUGAUUUUGGAGAAUACUUUGCUUCUAGGAAAAGAUGAGUAUGUAAACAACCCCAUAUCUCCAGAAAUGAUGGACAUAGUGGAUCCAAUGAUAGGAAUUUAUGAGGGUUCAGCAGAGAUGUCCUCGGACUUGCACUCACUGGCUUCAUUUAUGUAUAGCAGCCAUCCACAUAGUACUUUUCCUAUGCAGAAUAAAGCUGAAGACCAGAAUUCACCAUCUGGGAACUCUAGGAAUCAGUAUAUCACUGACAUUGAGGCUGAACAGCUGUCUUAUGUUAUCAGGCGACUUGCACCUUUCACUGAGCACAUGAUUAGUGUAUCUGCUUUCACCAUCAUGGGAGAGGGACCACCAGCGGUUCUCAGUGUGAGGACACGUGAGCAAGUGCCAAGCGCCAUUCAAAUUAUAAACUAUAAAAAUAUUAGUUCUUCAUCUAUUUUGUUAUAUUGGGAUCCUCCAGAAUAUCCCAAUGGAAAAAUAACUCAUUAUACAAUUUAUGCAAUGGAACUGGAUACCAACAGAGCAUUCCAGAUGACUACUGUAGAUAACAGCUUUCUCAUAACAGGAUUAAAAAAAUACACAAAAUACAAAAUGAGAGUGGCUGCCUCAACCCUCGUUGGAGAAAGUUCUUUGUCUGAAGAAAAUGACAUCUAUGUGACAACUCCAGAAGAUGAGCCAGAAUCUCCACCUCAAGAUGUUGAAAUAAUUGAUGUUUCAUCAAGUGAAAUAAGAUUGAAGUGGUUACCACCUCAAAAACCCAAUGGAAUUAUUGUUGCUUAUGAAGUGCUCUAUAAAAACGUUGAUACUUUGUUUAAGAAGAACACCUCAACAACAAACAUAAUUUUAAGGGACUUAAAACCCUACACCCUCUAUAACAUUUCUGUCAGGUGCUAUACCAGGCAGGGUCAUGGCAAUCAGUCAUCUUCCUUCCUCUCCAUAAGGACUUCUGAGACUGUGCCUUAUAGUGCGCCAGAAAAUAUUACUUACAAAAAUAUUUCUUCUGGAGAGAUUGAGAUAUCAUUCACUCCCCCAGCUAAUCCCAAUGGGAUCAUACACAAAUAUACAAUUUAUCUGAAGAGAAGCAAUGGAAAUGAGGAAAGAACUAUAAACACAACAUCUUUGACCCAGAAUAUUAAAGGAUUGAAGAAAUAUACCCAGUAUAUGAUUGAAGUAUCUGCCAGCACACAGAAGGGUGAAGGGGUUCGGAGUGCACCAUUAAGCAUACUGACUGAAGAAGACGCUCCUGGUUCUCCCCCUCAAGACUUCUCUGUGAAACAGUUGUCGGGUGUCACGGUGAAGUUGUCAUGGAAACCACCCCUGGAGCCAAAUGGAAUUAUCCUCUAUUACACAGUUUAUGUCUGGGCUAGAUCAUCAUUAAAAACAAUUAAUGUGACUGAAACAUCAUUAGAGUUUUCAGAUCUGGACUACAAUGUUGAAUACAGUGCCUAUGUAACAGCUAGCACUAGAUUCGGUGAUGGGAAAACGAGAAGCAGUAUCAUUAACUUUCGAACACCAGAGGGAGCACCCAGUGACCCUCCAAAAGAUGUUCAUUAUGUAAAUCUUAGUUCAACAUCAAUAAUUCUCUUUUGGACACCUCCUUCAAAGCCCAAUGGAAUUAUACAACAUUAUUCUGUUUAUUACAGGAAUACUUCAGGAACUUUCACGAAGAAUUUCACACUUCAUCAAGUAACCAAUGAGUCUGACAAUAUGACCGUGUCUGCAAUAAUAGAUAACCUGGCAAUAUUCAGCUACUAUACAUUUUGGUUGACAGCAAGUACUUCAGUUGGAAAUGGGAAUAAAAGCAGUGAUGUAAUUCAAGUGUACACAGAUCAAGACAUACCUGAAGGGCUUGUUGGAAACCUGACUUACAAGUCAAUUUCAUCGACGGCAGUAAAUGUAAGCUGGGUGCCACCGUCCCAACCAAACGGUCUGGUCUUCUACUAUGUUUCACUGAGUUUGCAGCAGACUGCUCACAACGUGGGGCCACCUGUAGUUACGUAUGAAAGCAACAUGUAUUUUGAUAAUCUGGAAAAAUACACUGAUUAUGUGUUAAAAAUCACUCCAGCAACAGAAAAGGGAUUCUCUGAUACUUACACUGCCCAGCUACACAUCAAAACCCAAGAAGAUGUCCCAGAGACUUCACCAAUAAUCAACACUUUUAAAAACCUUUCCUCUACCUCAGUUCUCUUAUCAUGGGAUCCCCCAGUAAAGCCAAAUGGUGCAAUAAUAAGUUAUGAUUUAACUUUACAAGGACCAAGUGAAAAUUAUUCUUUUGUUACUUCUGAUAACUAUGUAACAUUGGAGGAGCUUUCACCAUUUACAUUAUAUAGUUUUUUUGCUGCUGCAAGAACUAUUAAAGGACCUGGUCCUUCCACUGUUCUUUUCUUUUACACGGAUGAGUCAGUGCCUUUAGCACCUCCUCAAAAUUUGACUGUAAUCAAUUACACUUCAGAUUUUGUGUGGUUGAGAUGGAGCCCAAGCCCUCUUCCAGGCGGUAUUAUUACAGUAUAUAGUUUAAAAAUUCAUGAACAUGAAACUGAUACUGUAUUUUAUAAGAAUAUUUCAGGUUUUCAAUGUGAAACUAAACUUGUUGGCCUCGAACCAGUGAGCACUUAUUCUAUCAGUAUAUCUGGAUUUACCAAAGUGGGGAAUGGCAACCAAUUUAGUAAUAUAGUAAAAUUCACAACCCAUGAAUCAGUUCCAGAUGCUGUGCAGAAUAUAGAGUGCAUGGCAAGUGACUGGCAGUCAGCUUCCGUGAAAUGGGACCCACCAAAAAAAGCAAAUGGAAUCAUCACACAUUACCUGAUAACAUUUGAGAGGAAUUCCACAAAAGUCUCUCCCGAAGAGCACAUGCACACUUUCGUGAAACUUCCUGCUAAUACUUCAUAUAUCUUUAGAGUAGCAGCUUCAACCUCAGCUGGAGAAGGCAACGAAAGCGCAUGCAAUGUCAGUACUCUCCCUGAAGCAGUUCCCAGUGUUCCUACGAACAUUGUACUUUCUAAUGUUCAGUCAACUAGUGCAACAUUGACAUGGAUAAGACCUGAUACUAUUCUUGGAUACUUCCAAAAUUACAAGAUAACAACUCAGCUUCGUGCUCAAAAAUGCAAAGAAUGGGAAUCUGAAGAAUGUAUUGAAUAUCAACAAAUUCAAUAUCUCUAUGAACCUGACCUGACUGAAGAGACAGUAUAUGGAUUAAAGAAAUUUAGGUGGUACCGAUUUCAAGUGGCUGCCAGCACCAAUGCUGGCUAUGGAAAUGCUUCCAACUGGAUUUCUACACAAACUCUACCUGGUCCUCCAGACGGUCCUCCUGAAAAUGUGUAUGUAGUAGCAACUUCACCUUUCAGCAUCAACAUCAGCUGGGGUGAGCCUGCUGUCAUCACAGGACCCACAUUCUACCUGAUUGAUGUCAAAUCGGUAGAUAAUGAUGAAUUUAAUAUUUCUUUCAUCAAGUCAAAUGAAGAAAAUAAAAGUAUAGAAAUUAAAGACCUAAAAAUAUUCACAAGAUAUUCUGUGAUAAUCACGGCAUUUACUGGCAAUGGUAGUACUGCAUAUAUUGAAGGGAAGUCAAGUCCUGAAUUCAUUGUUACUACUUUAGAAUCAGCCCCCAAGGAUCCACCUAACAACAUGACAUUUCAGAAGAUACCAGAUGAAGUCACAAAAUUUCAGUUAACGUUCCUUCCUCCUUCUCACCCUAAUGGAAAUAUCCAAGUAUACCAGGCAUUGGUUUACCGAGAAGAUGAUCCCACUGCCAUCCAGAUUCACAACCUCAGUAUUAUCCAGAAAACGGACACGUCUGUCGUUGCACUGUUAGAAGGACUAAAAGGUGGACAUACAUACAAUAUCAGUGUUUAUGCAAUCAAUAGUGCUGGUGCAGGGCCAAAAGUUCAGAUGAGAAUAACCAUGGAUAUCAAAGCUCCAGCACGGCCAAAAACCAAGCCAAUCCCUAUUUAUGAUGCCACAGGAAAACUGCUUGUGACUUCCACAACAAUUACAAUCAGAAUGCCAAUAUGUUACUACAAUGAUGAUCAUGGACCCAUCAAAAAUGUACAAGUGCUUGUGGCAGAAACAGGAGCUCAGAAUGAUGGAAAUGUGACCAAGUGGUAUGAUGCAUAUUUUAAUAAAGCAAGGCCAUAUUUUACAAAUGAAGGCUUCCCUAAUCCUCCAUGUAUAGAAGGAAAGACACAGUUCAGUGGCAAUGAAGAAAUCUAUGUCAUAGGUGCUGAUAAUGCAUGUAUGAUUCCUGGUAAUGAAGAAAAAAUUUGCAAUGGACCUCUGAAACCAAAAAAGCAGUAUUUGUUUAAAUUUAGAGCCACAAAUGUUAUGGGACAAUUUACCGACUCUGAUUAUUCUGACCCUAUUAAGACUUUAGGUGAAGGACUUUCAGAAAGAACUGUAGAGAUCAUUCUUUCAGUCACUUUGUGUAUCCUUUCAAUAAUUCUUCUUGGAACAGCUAUUUUUGCCUUUGCAAGAAUUCGACAGAAGCAGAAAGAAGGUGGUACAUACUCUCCUCGGGAUGCAGAAACAAUUGAUACUAAAUUCAAGCUGGAUCAGCUCAUCACAAUGGCGGACCUGGAGCUGAAGGAUGAGAGAUUAACGCGGUUACUUAGUUAUAGAAAAUCCAUCAAACCAAUAAGCAAGAAAUCCUUCCUGCAACACGUUGAAGAGCUUUGCACAAACAACAACCUAAAGUUUCAAGAAGAAUUUUUGGAAUUACCAAAAUUUCUUCAGGAUCUUUCUUCAACUGAUGCUGAUCUCCCUUGGAACAGAACAAAAAACCGCUUUCCAAACAUAAAGCCAUAUAAUAAUAACAGAGUGAAGCUGGUAGCUGAUGCUAGUGUUCCAGGAUCGGAUUACAUUAAUGCCAGCUAUGUUUCUGGCUAUUUAUGUCCAAAUGAAUUUAUCGCUACUCAAGGUCCACUACCAGGAACAGUUGGAGAUUUUUGGAGAAUGGUGUGGGAAACCAGAGCAAAAACAUUAGUAAUGUUGACACAGUGUUUUGAAAAAGGACGGAUUAGAUGCCAUCAGUACUGGCCAGAGGACAACAAACCAGUCACCUUCUUUGGAGACAUAGUGAUUACAAAGCUUAUGGAAGAUGUUCAAAUAGACUGGACCAUCAGAGAUCUGAAAAUUGAAAGGCAUGGGGAUUGCAUGACUGUUCGACAAUGUAACUUCACUGGUUGGCCGGAGCACGGGGUUCCUGAAAACAGUACUCCUCUCAUUCAUUUUGUGAAAUUGGUUCGAGCAAGCAGAGCUCAUGACACUACGCCUAUGAUUGUUCACUGCAGUGCUGGAGUUGGAAGGACUGGAGUUUUUAUUGCUCUGGACCAUCUAACACAACAUAUAAAUGACCAUGAUUUUGUGGAUAUAUAUGGGCUAGUAGCGGAACUAAGAAGUGAAAGAAUGUGCAUGGUGCAGAACCUGGCACAGUAUAUCUUCUUACAUCAGUGCAUUUUGGAUCUCUUGUCAAAUAAAGGGAGUAAUCAGCCCAUCUGCUUUGUUAACUAUUCCACACUUCAGAAGAUGGACUCUUUGGACGCCAUGGAAGGUGAUGUUGAGCUUGAAUGGGAAGAAACCACCAUGUAAAUAUUCAGACCAAAGAUUACAACUGGAAGAUAUUUUCAAAUCCCAGGGGCCAAAAUUACCCCCUCAUGCUUCUGAAUUGAAACGUGCAACCUUGAAGAAAUAUUUAUACUUCCCUCACUGUGCCUUAUUACAUGGACUGACCAUUUUAUGAACAGUUCUAGAUCUGCUAAUUCAGGAUAGUUACUUGUUUUAUACAGAAUAAAUCUUGUACAUUUAAAAUGUUUAAGAAAAUAUGCCCCAUAGGUUUUGAAGGUGGUCUGUAUUUUGGAAUAAGCCAAAUAUGAAAACUAUUAUUAUACUAGCUUUUAGGUUCCAGUGUGGAUUUUCCCUAUGUAUCAGAUUUAAUUUUGAACAAAAGCUGUAAAUGUUGAUUCAGUAGUGUUAUUUUGGCCUCUGGGGUGUUGACGUUUCUUGUGGAAGACUUCCAGGACUGUCAUAAUGAUCUGUACUUCCAUGUAUGCCCCUGUGUUUUGAGUCCUCUGUUUUAUGAGUGCUGAGAUAUCAUCUCAUGAUCCUGAACAGCUGAACAGUAACCCCCUGGCACUGCAGGGAUUACUUAGCCUUUAGACAGCACACAGUAGCUCUUUAGGGGAACUUGGGGCUAUUUAAAUUGCAUUGUGCCCUCAAUUUUGAAAAAGAAAGAGGAGAACUAAAAGUGCAAUUGCACAUAUGAAGUUAGAGGGUCUCUUUCUCGCAUGCCUAUAUUUAUACAAUGUAGGGCACAAGUUGUACCACUGUAUUGUGUAUUAAAUGCAUAGUUAAAUGUAUCAGAAUAUUUGUGCAUUAUGUUUAUAUUCAACCUAAUAUUAACAAUUUUGAAGGGUUUAUUCAGCAGAUAUCUAUGAAAAACAGUAAUAAAGUCAUGGAAUGUGUUGCAAGCUUGUAAACUAAUGAUGUGCUGCUGUGGUGCCAACGGAGACUUCUGAAUAGAUUAUAUUAAGUGGCCUUUAUUUCACUUCCCAAGGGUUAUUCUGGAGGAGUAUAUUUGGUGAACAGAAAACAAGAAAAUUAAGCACACUGUAGUAAAUUAGAGAUUUUUAAAAAUAAAGUCAUUCAGCCUUCACUUUAUUAUAUAUUAACAAUGUCCUAAAUAAGUUAAGCUAUAUGAAAUUGUCUUUCCAUACAUUUCAAUUAAAGGCAUAAAAAUGAAUGGAACCAAUUAUAUUUCUUCUGUAAUAAGAGUCAUUUAUUUUUAUUUCUGCUGGAAUAUACAUGUAGAAUAUAUGAUGGCCAAUAAAACCAAAUU